AUGCUUUCCAUCGUGAUACUCCUCAAGCUUGCACUGGGUGCUCUCGCCCACACCACCCCCGACGGUUGUCCGCGCAAGGUGGGUGCGGAAGGCGUACAGGUUCGCAUACCUCCAACGUUCAAUACCACCGAUCAUGCCCAUCACGGCAGAUCAUGGCGGCCACCACCCGUCGGAUUUUAUUUCCAACCAUGGUCAAUGAUUCUCGCGUCAAACCCUCAGUAUGCUGCGAUGCGGAACGUACAAUACGACCCGACUCCAAUCGACCCCUCUGAGCCCACUGGACUUGUGAAUGACCUCUUCUCGUUCCAAUUCCCAGGCAACGACACAAUCAUUACAACAUAUGGCGUCGACACACCGCAUCCUUACUUGCCAGCAGUGCUGGACUUUGCAGCUACUGGGAUUUUGGUCGGAGCUACAUGCCAAUACAGCAUCUUGGUUUGGGGCUGCGACGCGAACAGAGUCCCAUACUACGCGAGCUAUUCGACGGCAGUGGAGUUCACCCAAACGCCCCCGGGUAUCGACCUGAUGAGUACGAGUGAUCAAGGACCCGACCAGGAAACGAUCGAUGCUGUAUUGAAGGCAUUGAAGAAGCUGGGAAACGAGGAGAUCACCAAGUAUGUUGUAGCUCUGGAGAGUAUGGUGCAGGAUGGGGGCAGAAGAGGCAUGCCUAGGGCUACAUGCGACGACUAUUGCAGGACGAACCAGGGCUUGAUCGGGAUCGGGGGUUGA